UGGAAUGAAGCCAUUAGAAACGCUCAGGAGGGUUCUUUUUAACCUUUUUCAGGCAAUCGAACUGUGGUGCUAUAUGGUCCUACAUAGAUAGACUGGUUCAGAACGGGUGUUCUCUUCGGGAGGGAAACUUCAUAGGAUUUUGUCCCGAGACAAACACGGGUUCCGUCACAAACGCCAUAGCAGCCACGGAACAGUCUGGCAUCGAAACGGUAACAAUAUUUCAAUACCUACAAUGUCUGGCAUUGCUCUGAGUCGACUUGCACAGGAACGUAAAGCAUGGCGGAAAGACCAUCCUUUUGGUUUUGUUGCUGUGCCAACGAAAAAUCCAGAUGGGACGAUGAAUUUGAUGAACUGGGAAUGCGCCAUUCCAGGGAAGAAGGGGACUCCAUGGGAGGGAGGUCUUUUCAAGUUGCGGAUGCUGUUCAAGGAUGACUACCCCUCAUCACCACCAAAGUGUAAGUUUGAGCCGCCUCUGUUUCAUCCGAAUGUAUAUCCCUCUGGAACGGUAUGUCUCUCCAUCCUGGAGGAGGAUAAAGACUGGAGGCCGGCGAUCACCAUCAAACAGAUUCUGUUGGGAAUUCAGGAGCUUCUAAACGAGCCCAACAUCCAAGACCCAGCUCAGGCUGAGGCCUACACCAUAUACUGCCAGAACAGAGUGGAGUAUGAGAAGAGAGUCCGAGCACAAGCCAAAAAAUUCUCUCCAUCGUAGGUGUGAUGCAGGGGGACGCGUUAAUACAGACGGAGGGCGCGUGCAUUGGCACGCCCCUCUCUCUCUUUCUCGCUCUCUCUUGCCGUCCCCGACUCGACUCCCCACCCCACUUUUUCCCCGCCCCUUUCUUUCUGAGCACAUGUGUUCUAUACACACCUGGACUUCAGACUUAAAAAUUUGAACACGCUCUGUGCCAUCCAACUGCAUCUUAAAACCCCCACCCCCAACCCACAAAACGCCCAACCCAGCCCUGCCCAGGUCUCCCCUCCCUCCAUUCAACCUGUCUUGCUAUCUAGCUUUCGUUCAUUAUUUUAUUCCUCGCCUCCCUCAUCUUUGUCAGCAGUGUCAUGUCAGAACUGAAACUCCCAGAAAACCCAGCGGCGACAUGGCUUCACCCCCCCCGGUGCUUUUCGCCUUGGCCAAACCUAGCCAGACACUUCUGUAUGUUGCAGUUGACCUCAUGUGACUAUGUUUUGAGUUUGACUCUUAAACGUGUGAAUGUGCGAGUGAAAGUGUUAAAAGUAAGUGUGUGCAUGAAUUUUUAUUUUUCCCCCCUUUUUAGUUUAAUUUUUUUUCCUCUGUGUACGCACAUUUUUUUUUUUUUUUUUUUUUUUUUUUUUUUUGUAUGUUAGGUUUUUUUUCUCCUUUCUUUUAUUAUUGCUUUCCUUGGUGGGAAAGGGCACCAUUGCCUUCAUCCCUCCUCCCCAACUCCUUUAAAAAAAAAAAAAAAAAAAAAAAAAAAAAAAGAAUCAGAAGUACAUACAUAUUUGCCCCUCACAGGACCUGCCGAAGACAGAUGCGUACACUCCUGUCUUUUCAGCCUGUGUUCUUGUCCCCUUGUUUUUGUGUUUGUUUGUUGUUGACUUUGUUUUAAAUGAUGGGAACAUUAGGCCAUGCACUCUAUCUGUUCAAGUGCUUAGUCAAAAUAAAGCUCUUUCUACAAAAGUA